AUGUCUGACCUUAUAUUAUCUGCAAACAGACAUUUAGUCAUCUGCUGUUACCAGCCAUAUCGGAAACACGAGUCCUCACCUGACAUCGGAGCCGUUACCCCUGAGGACGUCAAGCAGUUGAAGAAAGAAAUAUUCAAUGGAUACGAUGUCUAUAUUCGCCCUGUUCACAACCAAACAGAAUCAGUAAAGGUGGAUAUGAGGUUUGUCCUUUACAACAUCGCCUACCUGGAUCUGAAGAUUCAAGAACUAAAAUGGAACGGCUUUCUUAGCCUGCGCUGGUACGAUAGACUCCUGUCAUGGAAUGCCAGUUUGUAUGGAGGUCUGGACUUCAUCACUGUGCCACAGACGAAAAUAUGGCGUCCCGACUAUGUCGUCAACAAUGCUGUUUCUCAGAAGAAGAACCUGGGAACACCGGAUACUCUCGUUAUCAUAGAAAGCAGUGGAUUAGUCACUUGGGAACCGGGAAUGAUUAGUGAAACAAGCUGCAAAAUUGACAUCAGGAAGUACCCCUUCGACACCCAGACCUGCUCGUUUGUCUUUUCUCCCUGGAUGACCACAAGCAGGUUCUUGAACACAACCAGUCGUCUCAAUAGAAUCGAUAUGUCACGUUUUGUGCCACAUGGAGAGUUCACUACUGGAGAGUCUUCAGUCCAUUUCGACCAAAUAGAUGAAGUAUUUGCAGACGAUGCUUCGGUGACAAUAACUUACACUCUUGUCCUCAACAGACGUCCAUCAUUCUAUUGGAUGGUCAUGAUAUUUCCAAUGGCAAGCUUUCCAUUGCUCAGUCCAGUCAGCUUCCUUGUACCUGUAGAGAGUGGAGAGAAGAUAACUCUGUCAAUCACUGUGGUGUUGUCCUACUUGGUCUUCAUUGGGUCAAUAAAUGAUGCGAUGCCAAAGUUGUCAGAUACAGUCUCCUUGAUUGUGGUCUAUGCCUCCGUACAGACACUGAUAAGCAUGCUGACAGUCGUUGCCAAUGGAAUUAUCAUAUGCAUACAUAAGCUGCCCCCGGACUUUCAAGUCACAGUUCCAGUGUUCAAAACCUCAAGAAGACUCAACUCAUCAAGAAAGACGAAAUACGAUCUACAAAGUGAGGAGAGUUGCAAAAGUAAUUCUCCGAAGUUGGAGUUGUGUUCAAUUACUGGCAGGACAAGGGCAGUACAAUUAGCAGAAGAGCGCAUGAAAGAAAACUCCGAAAACAAUUGUCUUAAUAAUGACAAAUAUAUCCUGCUUGCUCGUCGACUUGACAAGAUCUGCUUCGUGUUCUUUGCGUUUCUUGCUAUAUUGGUAUCCGUCAUUUUCGGCUUCCUCUUCAUGUGAUGAGAUAACAGAUAAUGGCGACGAUUGGGACUUUUUGUU